UAUAUAUAUAAAAUAUGGCAGCCAUUGAUGAAUUAAUGUAGAUGACCAAAACAAAAGGUUGUACAGAUGAAAGUCAAAUGAUAAUAUCAUGGAAAGGUAUUAACCUUCAAAAUAACGUGGAAUGCAUACAUAAGACAUGAUCAUUCAUCGUUUAGACAUGUUGGGAAAUAACCCAUCUGUUCACCAAUGUUGUUCAACGUCCACGGAUCUUCCAUCCCCUCCUUGUGCAUCGAUACUUGACAGAUGCGUGCAGAAUGAGGUUGGACAUAGUCUAAAAAGGAGGACAGUUUAUGGAGAACUUGUCAUUUUAGGAUAUAAUGGGUGCCUUCCACAAGGUGAUAAAGGAAGAAGACGUAGUAAAUUUAUUUUAUACAAAAAACCUGUGCCAAAUGGAAUCAAGAAGUCUAAACAUUAUAUAGUAAAAACCCCAAAGACAUCACCAGCUAUGCUUGAUGCCGAAAGACAUUCCAUAUCUUAUUCACUAUCUCGGAAUCAAGCAGUAAUAGUGGAAUAUAAAACUGAUAACGAAACAGAUAUGUUUCAGAUUGGUCGAUCAUCUGAAAGUCCUAUUGAUUUUGUUGUAAUGGAUACACUUCCUGCACAAAAAUUAGAUCAGAAAUCUGUCCAAAGUACUAUAUCUAGAUUUGCUUGCCGAAUUAUAGUAGAAAGGAAUGGUAACCACACUUCUAAAAUAUAUGCUGCUGGAUUUGAUUCUUCACGUAAUAUUUUUCUUGGGGAAAAAGCCAUAAAAUGGCAACAUAACAGUGAGGUAGAUGGGCUGACAACUAAUGGUGUGCUUAUUAUGCAUCCAAAAGAGCCAUUUAAUGACACUUCAUUUCAGCCAGGAGUUUGGAGAGAGGUUUCUGUUGGAGGAGAAAUAUAUGCUCUUAGAAUGUCUCGAUCUGGUCAGAAAGGAAUGAAAAUUGAAGGUGAAACUAAUACACUACAGGAUGGUACAUUAAUUGAUUUAUGUGGAGUAACUCUACUCUGGAGAUCAGCUGAAGGUCUUAAAAAAUCACCUACAAGACAUAGAUUGGAAGAAAUGAUUGAUGAAUUAAAUGCUGGUAGACCACAGUGUCCCGUUGGUUUAAAUACUCUGGUAAUUCCUUCCAAAUCAACAAUUUCUAUGGGAGAAAAACAGCCUUAUAUAUAUUUAAAUUGUGGUCAUGUACAAGGAUUACAUGAUUGGGGUCACAAUACUAAUGGACGUACAUGUCCAGUCUGUCUAAGGGUUGGUCCUGUGGUAAGAUUGUGUAUGGGAAGCGAACCAGCAUUUUAUGUAGAUAAUGAGCGUCCAACUUUUGCCUUUAAUCCAUGUGGACACAUGGCAUCCGAAAAUACCGUUAAAUACUGGGCAUCGGUGCCAAUUCCCCACGGAGCCAACGGAUUUCACGCCGCCUGUCCAUUUUGCAUUACUCCGUUGAUGGGCGAUUCCGGUUACGUCAAGCUCAUUUUUCAAGAUCACGUAGAUUGACAUCAAACCAUAGGGCUUCCUUCUUAAGAUUUCACAAUUUUCAUUUUGUUUCUCUUUUGGAAACAGAAUUGACCAAUUUUCAUAGUUCCACAAAUUAAUUUUUCAUUUAGUUCCUGUGAUCUACAUUCAUUUAAUUUAUCAUAAUCUAGUGAUAUAUAAACAAAGGAAAUGAACAAGUGAUACUUGUGUACCUGAUGUAGUGCCAGAUUUCACAAUCUCCAACCAGUGUUGUGCCUCUCGCACAGUCAUCGCAUUUUUGUACAUUCGGCAAUCGAUACUUUCAUUUUUAUUAUAUCAUACGCAGAGUUUAAUUUUAUUUAUAUACCUAUAUUAUGUAUAUUGUGUACGUGCGUGUGAAUGAAUGUACGAUAUAUUUUAACUUAUUGCCUUUUUUGUUGUCUAAAUUUAUUUAUAUACAGUAUUUCAGUGUAAUAAAUGUUGUAUAAUGUCUCAUGUAUAAUAUAUUUAUUUGAUAUAAUAUUUGGAAAUGAUAUAAAUCCUUCCAAAUUUAAAUGUGUA